AGAACGAGGAAGUCGCGCUUGUGGGAUGGGGAGUUCACAAUAACAGCUGAAAUGUCCACUCAAUCCACGCCGCCUGUCAUUGAAUGACAGUCACUGAGCGGAAGACAGAGAGGCGUCUCCACCGUGCGGCGCCACGAUUGAUGCGACACAGUACACCUGAGGAGUGGACUGAUACCUGCGGAGAGUAGACUCUUCUCCAAAACCAGCUCGCCAACAUGGGAUUAUCACCUUCUAGUCUCCUAGAUGAACAUGGAUCCAACUACAUACGAGGUUGUGCAGAGGCAGAGUUGAAAGAGUUCGGUCCCCACUACAGGACACAGUACUCUGUGGUCUUCUUCUCCCAAGUCCAGGAUGAGCUGGAGCAGCCAAAAGAGAAAAUAAAACAGCUCCUCAAACAGAGGGGUCCUCCGGAGGCGGGGGAGGUGCUGUAUGAGGAACAAGUCCUUCAUUUUGAAGCAACCAGGAAGUGGGAAGAGAGGUACGUGGUGGUGCGUGGCAACUACUGUCUGGAGUGCCACAACAGCUUUGAGACCUUUGUGAAGGGUGUGCCCCCGCGCCACAAGCUGCUGCCAACAGGGGGCACAGUGCUCACCACAGAGGAGAAAUACAUGGCCAUGGUGGACAAAUGCUUCCCUGUUUCUGAAACCAACAAUGAGAAUGAAAAGUUUGCCCCUCCUAUAAUCGGCAUGCCUGGACAGUUCCCUGUGUACCUCAGGCUUCCGUACCGUAGGGAUUACUACUUCUGCUUCCGACAGGAUGCUCGCCAAGCUGAAUUCCUCUCCAUCCUCUCCGACUGCAUCCGCCACCAGAACCAAGACUUCCUAAAGAAGAAGACAGUUGAGGUGCAGGCCUUCCUCAAAGCAGUCCACCUCUACAGACAGGAGAAGGGCAGCUAUGACUCCUGGAAAAUGCUGAUUGGCAGUGAUGUCAGGGUACUGGCCAACCUGGUUAUGGAGGAGCUGUUGCCCUCUUUGGAGAAGGACAUGCUGCCUCAUCUAAAAGCCAGGAAGACAGAGAGGAAGAGAGUGUGGUUCGCUACCGUAGAAGCGGCCUAUAUCCUGGUGCAGGAGUGUCUAUUUGAGGGUAUGUCUGCUCUGAAGGAGGAGUGUAGGAAGGCAGCACACCAGCAGGAGGUGCUGAUACGCUCUGAUAUGGACCAGAUCCUCAACUCCAGAACCUACCUGGAGGGAAAACUACGAGCUAGUGUAUUGGAGUCAGCAGAGAAGUUCUGUUCGGAGAGCGUGCAGCCCUACCUGGCCUCCGUACUGGAGGAUCUGAUGGGACCAAUCAGCUCAGGGUUCCAGGAAGCACGGCUCCUGAGUGACAGCCAGAUGGACCAACUGUGUCAGGACUUCCAGGAGGGCGGGGUUACCAAUGAACUCAAGCAGGCCCUAGCUAAACUGAGUAGGCCCAAUCUGUUGAGUUGUUACCAGAGGAUCAACUCUCUCCACGACCAGCUGCACGACCUGCAGGAACGCUUUGGCUUCUCCAACAUCAGCAGCCUGGUCCACAGCACCCAGAUAGACCUACAGCAGCUGGUGGAGAAUGCAGCGCACACAUUUCAUCUGCUGCUCUACAAGGACAUAGAGGACAACCCAGGCAACGCGUGCUCUGCCAUGGAGAAGUCCAGGCACAGGGUGCUCAAGCAAUAUGACUAUGACAGCAGUACGGUGAGGAAAAGGAUCUUUCGUGAGGCCUUGGUGGGGAUCACUCUCCCUCACAUCAAGAAGACCCUGGCCCCCACUUACAAAACAGAGCUGCAGGGUCUUAAACAGUUCAUCUAUGCAGACUAUUCCAACUUUGUCCAUGUUCACAAUAUCUAUGAGGGCAUUUUGCUGCAGAGUCUGGACAAGGAAGUCAUCAAAGUGGUGGAGGAGGCAGCCAGGCUGAAGAAACACAAUCUGUUCACAGACACCAGAGACCUCCUGAGCCAGUCCAGCUGCUCCAGCAUAAUCUCCACCCCAGCAACCCAGCCAGGAUGCUAGGCUUCCCCGGACAGCUCCAGACCCAGCCCGAAGCCGAGCCCCGGCCACCCUCCCUGCUGAGCCAAAGAGGCCCUCCAGGCUGGGGAGCCUGCCCCCAAGGCCCAGGACUGUGUGAAGGAGAUCUGGGACCUGGUGGUGGAGGAGUUGGGAGUGGAGAAGAUGGUACAGCGUUACCCAGGUAGUCAUAACCUAUAAGAGAGUGGUGACAAAGUGAGGGGCCUGAUGUCACAGAGAAUAAAGGAUGACAAGGGCCCCAUUUUUUUUUAAAUCACUGUAAAUGUGAGGAGUAUGGAAAGGUGAUAGACUAUACCCUUGCUAUUGUGGAAACCGACUGAGAUUGCCAUCACUGUAAAAAAAAGUAAUUUUUAUACAAGCAUAAAACUAAGUUUCCAUAAAACUGGUAAAAUAUGAAUGUAUACAAUUGUGUUUGUGAGAAGACCAAUGUGGUGAGAUAUGGCCAUAACUGGAUUAUGAAAUUCAGAACCAAGGAAAACAUCAAAUUGACUAUUGCAAUUGUGUGGGUUGAACUUCAUUUGUGUCAUAGAUUUUUGUAUGUAUUUUAGAUGAUUUGAGAAAUGUUUGAUAUAUGCCAGUUUAAGUUGUUCAAUAUUAAAUCAAGAACACUGCCGUA